CUAUUAAUUAUGAUUUGUCAGCAUUACCUAGGUAAUCAAUAUCACCAAUCUCGAGGGUCUUAUAAAUCCCCUAUGCCAUUAUUAACGUGCUAUUUAUUUUCCUCUCGACGGCCCAAUUAAAACACGGUCGAACUAUCUCGCCGCGAAGUUUACUAUUCGGAGGGUGGAUACGUUGGGCAACGGAGACAGGCUUCCGGAUAAUACCGGGCAAUGUGAAUUGUCUUGUCUUGUGAGAAUGCGGCGACUUUCUAGGCUAUCAAAUUGUAAAUAAAAACAGCAGCUCCCGGCGCGUCGUUAGUUUUAGCUGGGUAAUAACUCCCUAGGCCUCUAAACUAUUGGAUAUAGGUAUAGAGAACAAGUAACUUCAACACCAUACGUUUAAACAUGUCACACAACGUACUUAUAACUGGGGGUUCCGGGUACCUCGGUGGAGAUCUCCUUGCUCGGAUGGGCGCUGCAAACCUACCACCUUACGGAAAGUUAUUCGCAUCCGUGCGGACAGCAGAGCAAGCGGAAGGCGUCCGACAGUACGGCGCACAACCACUAUUUUUUAAUCUAAAAGACAGGUCGGAAAUCCGGACCGCCGUCAUCGACCACGAGAUCACGGUGGUUUACUAUUUGAUCGAUGCGGUACAACACGACCCUCCUUUAUUCUUCAUCGAAGCGCUCGCCGAGGUCAAGAAAGCGACCGGACGUACCGUUCAUUUCUUACACACUACCGGGGCCAAGCUCUUUUCUAGCCAUGCGGACGCCCCGACCGACCGUCUCCUUUUGGACACGGACCCGCAGUUAUAUGACAUCCAAAAGGCCCAGAGUCCGAAGCUCAGUGUGGCGCAGGAGGGUGUUAGAACCAACUGCGCGGUGAUAGAAGAAGCUGAGAGAUAUGGGGUUCACGGGUAUGUCUUUGUGCCCUGUAUCGUGUACGGGAAAAGCAAGGGAUUCGGCGACCCCGUUUCCACCCUACGACAGAUAUAUAUGAUUGUGCGGUCCGCAAAGGCAUUAGGACGCGUGUAUCGCGUUGAUUCCGACCGACCGGAAUGGCCCGUAUGUCACAUCCUCGACAAUACCACGGCGUACAUAGCACUCCUGCGCAAGAUCCUAGCCGAUGAGAACCCCAGCCACGGCAAGAACGGGUAUUACCUUGCUUCCCCCGGUAGCGUUGCGUGGGACGAUCUAUACGACGCAGUAGCCGCCGCACUCGUCAAGCGCAACAUCAUCGCCGAUGGCUCAGUUGCUCUGGCGGACGAUAAGAUUCUCGGGGAUAUGGGUGCUGCACUGGGAGUCCCGAAGGAGAUGGUGCCUCUUCAGUUGGGCGGGAAGUGUACUCUAACGGCUCGACGUGCCCGUGAGGAGUUGGGUUGGAAGCCGGUUUAUUCGGCGGAGCAUGUUUUGGAAGCUGCUGAUGCUGAAGUUGAGUGGAUUCUGGAGCAUCUGAAGGACUGAAACGUACGCGUGUCGAGUUAUCUAUGCCUUGGGGAAUAUGUCAUAGGGUUUGGCUAUUGCGACCCCUUUUCUAAUUUUGAUUUAUUCGUUGCUGUAGUUAAACUAUAGGAGUUCCCUUUUAUCAGAUUGCUCUUUGGACUAGGUAUAACUAUACCUGUAUAUUAAGAUAUCUUGUUUAGGUAGGUAGAUUAUUGCGUCGGUGCCGAUGGUUUACUACUAGAGGCUGGAUACUGCGAAAACUUCUCGCCCUAGCAGCCGUUGAAUUCUUUGAUAAGCCGUGGAAGAGCGUAGGCACAAGGGAGAGCCUAAUGAAAACAUCGACCAUUUUCGGACAUUACCUUUCGCACUG